AGAGUUGAUUAUACUCAAAUGAAAAUUUGGAAUAGACCAAACGAUGAAAAUUUUACGGUUUUCAGUGUCUUGAAAAGUUAUACCUCUAUAUUUGGUCUAGUUGGGGCUAGUAUAGUGGUUAAUUUUCUAAUUGCAAAGUUUUUGGCAUACGACGUUUUCCAAGGAGUCAAUUCUGUGGUUUGUUUGCUUAUCGGAUUUCAAUUUGCAAUUCAAGGUGUUGAAAGUUUAACUUAUUUUGCCAAAUUGAUAUUAAACGUUUAUGAAUUGAUUGAAUUUAGAGUCUUUGUGGAAUCUUUAGGGAUUGAUUUAGAUGAUGAUGAUAUGGAUGAUGAUGAUUCAGAACGUGUUUGGGAAAACAAACCUUAUUAUACUAAAGUUAUUGAUAUUAUUUCUUCCUCUUUAAAACUGAUUUCUUAUGUGAGUUUUAUUUAUCUUCUAACUUUUAAUUCAAAUUCCCUUCCUUUAUCAAUGCUUCAAGGAACUUUCUCCUCGAUUAAGCUGAUAUACACUGAAGUCAAACAGUUGAUUUCUUUUAUAGAAUCAACUAAGCGUCUCGAUAGCCAACUUAAGAACGCAACCGCUGACGAUUUGGCAGAAUCUGAUAAUUUGUGUAUCAUUUGCCGUGAAGACAUGUUUUCCAUUGAUGAGUAUGAAGCUACCCAUAAUAAGCAAUUACCAUUAAGAAAAUAUCCAAAGAAAUUGAGAUGUAAACAUAUUCUUCAUAUGGGCUGUUUGAAAGACUGGUUGGAAAGAUCAGAGAAUUGCCCAUUAUGUAGAAGAAAUGUUUUCACUAGUGGUCCUGUUCAAGAAGAGCCUGAAGCUUCUCAGCAGGAUAAUACACCACCUCCACAACAACAAGACUUGAUGCAAGAACCUCGACCUCAACCUGCUCUUCAACCUCAAGGGGCAUCGCAAGAUUAUCAAGAAAUAUUUGAAGAUCUCAAUAUUCCUGCUGGAGCACCAACUUCUGUGGGAGCGUCCUCUUCCGGAUCCCCUUUGUCUUCGGUUUCACUCAAUAACUUUACGAUUAAUCUUCCCCGUGGUGCUUUUAUUCCGCCUGACUGGGCUGUCUUACCACUUUCUAAAAGAUCUGCUAACUUCUACAAUGUUCAUCUUUCAAGGUCUGAAUCCGCUGCUUUGAGAAUCACGGAUGAACCUGCUGAUGCAACUCCAUGAAAUAAUGCGUACUUAACUUUUAUAUGAUUAACGAUAAAUAUACCUAAUGUUUAUAUACU